AUUGGUAUUUGUAACCGAUGUUUCGGACUGUGGCUUGUAAUUGUGGUUACGCCUCUACGACGGUCGAUCAUCGAUCGUAUCCUGCUUUGUAUUAACGUCCGUACUCCUAUUACCCUAGGUCCGAAUUAUAUAUGAGCUGUAUCACACGAGCUGUUGUGCACUGCUGUUGCCUUGCUUCCGCUCAUCAUGGUCAAUCUCUCGUAUACCAUAGGCUCUCUGCUUCUUGGUGGUUUGUUUUCUGCGGUUCUUACCGGCAUGUUGUCCGUCCAGUCUCUCCUUUACUUCAAACUCUUCCCCCAGGACAAACCCCGCAUCAAAGCUCUGGUUACUAUUCUAUGGCUCCUCGACGUCGCUCACAGCGGGACUGUUUGGGCCGGGAUAUGGAACUAUUUGAUCGUUCACUUUGGCAACACAGCUUGGAUAGACCAAAUCCCCCCAGCGAUAUCGGUUACAAUCAUCCUUACAGCCAUCUCUACCAUAUUUGUCCAUCUGUUCUUCGCUGAGCGAAUAUAUCGGCUAAGCAGAAACAACUGGAUACUUGCAGCAUUGAUUGUCAUUCUCGCUUUCCUCCGGCUAACCUGUGCUUGUGUCACCGCUGGAGCAAUGCUAUCCAUUGGAACAUAUUCUGGAUUCAGGAAUAAAUUUGGCUGGGUAUUCUCCGCCGGACUCGCACUCUCAUCCGCUGUGGAUAUCCUCAUUACCGGCUCACUACUAAAAUUACUCCACACCAACCGCAAAGUUUCAUUGAGCUUCGACCAUAUAAUAGACUCACUCAUUCUAUACACAUUAGAAUGUGGUGCCGUUACGUGCGCUGCCACCAUCGCAUCGAUGAUCUGCUGGCUUACGAUGAACAACAACCUCGUCUUCCUAGGCCUAUACUUCGUCAUAUCUAAACUGUACUCAAGCUCCCUCCUAGCAACCCUCAUCACCCGGUACGAACUUCGGAACAGCCGAGAUCGCUCCACCUCUGAUGGCGUCGUGGACCUCGACGUGUUCAACGCGAGAAACCCGCGACGCGUGAACAUCCUUAACCCCGGCACAUCGUUCGCCCAUCCCGUGCAAGUCUCCGUCAAGCAAAGUGUGGUCCACUACGGGCCCGAUGGAAGUACGGAAGCAGAAUCAUAAUUCUUAUACUCGGUUUCACCGAAAAUGUUGUAUCAAUGUGUAUUAUAAUCUCAACUUGGCUCUAGACCCACAAUUGAGCACAGGUAUUCUCAGCGUCUCAACCGGAGAAUUCUCGC